GACGCUGCUACGUUCCAGGUGUCCUAUCAACUCAAGAUUCUGACCACUGCAAUUCUAUCGGUGGUUAUGCUGGGAAGACAUCUGACGGUGCUCAAAUGGGCGUCGUUGGUAGUGCUGAUGGGUGGUGUUGCGCUCGUGUCCAUCCCAGACGAUGCAUGGAGCGACAACGCACAGGUGGCCGAGGCGGAAGAAGGGAUCAAUGUCGCUGUGGGGUUGACUGCUGUUGUAACCGCGUGCACCUUCAGCGGAUUUGCGGGUGUGUACUUUGAGAAGAUUCUCAAGGGAACCAGUGCCAGUAUCUGGGUCAGGAACAUCCAGCUGGGCGGGUUUGGCCUGGUGAUUGGUCUCUUUAUUGUGUAUAUGAACGACAGCAAAGCGGUCUACGCAGACGGCUUCUUUGCUCAGUACAACUACCUGGUGUGGAUGGUGAUUCUCCUGCACGCCGCUGGCGGUCUGAUCAUUGCCGUGGUGGUAAAAUACGCCGACAACAUUCUCAAGGGCUUUGCCACGGCCGCUGCGAUUAUCUUAUCGGCCAUCAUCUCUGUGUUUCUGUUUGAUUUCGAGCCUUCGAGGAACUUUAAGAUAGGGGCGACUCUGGUCAUUGCCGCCGUGGGGAUGUACAGCAAACCAGACUCCGAGGCUCCAUCGGACUUGUUACCUUUAAGUGCGAGAAUGAGCUCGAGAAGUGAUCUGAGUCGGACGUCGACCGAUAGAGUUGAUUGA